AUGGCUACCGGCGGUGGCAGGGGCGGGGCCUGCCCUUCACAAACAUGGCUACCGGCCGGGUUGGCAGGGGCGGGGCCUGCCCCUCACAAACAGCCUGUACCGGCCGGGCUGGCAGGGCGGGCCUGCCCCUCACAAACAUGGCUGCUGGUGAGCGGGGCUGCCGGAAGCUGCCAGGCUCACGGCUGCAGAUGGCGGGCGCUGGGGUUCGUGCCCGAGCUGCUGUUCCGGGCGGGGGGAGCCGCUGCUGCUGCUGCUGGCCGCCAGCGCCGCCUCCUGGGCUACUACUGGGUGUGCGUCCCGCAGAGGCCCCUGCUGGUGGGCGGGCUGUCGUUCUGCACCUUCCUGGAGGCGCACUGCCCCAUUGUCCGCGAGCCCUUCUACCCCACGCCCUGGUGCUUCGAGGGGCGGCUCCAGACCCUGCUCCGCUUCUUCCUCCAGUCCCGGCCCCGGCUCUCCUACCGAAGCGAGCUGCUCCGCACGGCGGAUGGAGGGCAGCUGCUGCUGGACUGGGCGGACAAUGCAGAGAGCCAGCGGUACCCGGAGCCUGGCACACGCCCCACCGUCCUGCUGCUGCCAGGCCUCACCAGCAACAGCCAGGCCACCUAUGUCCUGCACCUGGUGCAGCAGGCCUCCCGCGCAGGGUUCAGGACUGUUGUGUUCAAUAACCGAGGGUGCAAGGGGAGGGCUGCGUGCUCUUGGCAAAGAGACGACAAAGGGAAUGUGACAGGAUCUGUAAAUCUAUGCAGUGGUGUGCAGAGAGUGACUAGGAAGUGUUCUUUACUCCUUCGCAUACCACAAGAACAAGGGGCCACCAAACGAAAUGAACAGGCGCAGUCCCAGUUCAUCACACUGGUACAGAAGGGUCAGGAGGCUGCGGGGCUGGUUGAUGGGGGUCAGGGGGCUCUUGCCUGUCUUGCUUGGCAGUCCCCUGCUGACUGUGGGGCUCGUUGCAGGUACAGGAAGGUGAUUGCAGAGAAGGUGGAUGUGCAGCACGUACUGCAGGCGCACAGCAUCCGGGAGUUUGAUGAGCGCUACACAGCCGUGGUGUUCGGCUACGGGACGUGUGCUGCAUACUACCGGGACGCCAGCCCCUCGCACUCAGUACACGCCGUGCUCCUGCCCGUGCUGUGCCUCAAUGCAGCCGAUGACCCCUUCUCGCCGCUGCAGGCUAUCCCCCUGGCUGCGGCACGGCGUCUCCCCACGCUGGCGGUGCUGGUGACGGCGCACGGCGGGCACAUCGGCUUCCUGGAGGGGCUCUUCCCUCGGCACGAGAGCUACAUGGACCGCGUCUUCACCCAGUUCCUCGCUGCCGCCUUCGAGCACAGCCAGGAGCUGAGCCGCAGCCUGGGACCUGAGCGCCCAGCCCCACAAUAAACCUCCUACCUGGCUA